AUGGGAAUAAUAAAAUUCCACCAAGUGCGUGCCGUACCGCAAGAUGAUCAAGAGAGAUCCGGCCUGGAUGCAGAUGCGAGGAAACUGGCCGAGAUGGGCUACGCACAGGAGAUGAAGCGCAAUUUCUCGGUGCUGUCCCUGCUGGGUGUGGCUUUCUCGCUGGCCAACUCCUGGUUUGGCAUCUCUGCGUCGCUGAUCACCGGCAUCAACUCCGGGGGCACGGUGUUGACUAUGUAUGGCAUCCCCUGGAUCGCCUUCAUUUCCACCUGUGUCGGCGUCACCUUGUCCGAGCUGGCGUCAGCCAUGCCCAACUCCGGAGGCCAGUACUUCUGGGCCAGCGAGCUGGCGCCCCCACGAUAUGCCUCGUUCGCCUCGUACCUGACGGGGUGGCUUGCGUGGGCUGGAGCCAUCUUCACCUGCGCCAGUGUGGCCCUGAGCUUGGGAUCGGCUGGGGUCGGUAUGUGGAGGUUGACGCAUCCAGACUUUGAACUUAAGCCCUGGCAGACGGUGGUCGCGUACGAGGUAAUCAAUUUCUUUGCGUUUCUAUUCAACUGCGUGGGUAAAGUCCUGCCCAAGGUAGCCACCACUACUCUGUAUAUCUCGUUGAUCUCGUUCACCGUCAUAUUGAUCACCGUGCCCGCCGUGGCCCCAACGCACGCGUCAGCGCAGUUCGUCUUCGCGAACUUCGUCAACUCAACGGGCUGGCCCUCAGACGGCCUUGCCUUCCUAGUGGGCCUGAUUAAUCCCAACUGGGUGUUUGCUUGCCUUGACUCGGCCACCCAUCUGGCCGAGGAGGUGACGCGCCCCGAACGCAGCAUUCCCAUUGCCAUCCUCUGCACCGUACUGAUCGGGUUCACCACCUCCUGGUUCUAUUGCAUCUCCAUGUUUUUUAGCCUGCGCGACCUGGAAGAGAUCCUCAACACCCCGACCCAGGUACCGAUUCUGGCCCUCUUCUACCAGGCUCUGCAGAACAAGGCCGGGGCCGUCGUUCUCGAGUCCCUGAUCCUGGCGACGGGCAUUGGAUGCCAGAUCGCCUGCCACACCUGGCAGUCGCGCCUGUGCUGGUCGUUUGCGCGCGAUCGCGGGCUCCCCGCCGCCGGGUUCCUGGCUCAAGUUCAUCCGACGUUGGACGUACCAUUGAACGCGCACAGCGUGAGCUGCUUCAUCGUGGGGCUGUUGGGACUGUUGUAUCUGGGUUCGUCUACGGCGUUCAACAGCAUGGUAACGGCGUGCAUCGUGCUAUUGUACAGCUCGUACGUAGUGCCGAUUGUCUGUCUGCUGUGGCGGGGACGCGAAAGUAUAGCCCAUGGUCCGUUUUGGCUGGGACGCGUUGGACUGGCGUGUAAUAUUGUGGUGUUGAUGUGGACCUUGUUCUGCCUGGUGAUCUAUUCGUUUCCUUCGGUGUAUCCGGUGACACCUGGUGAUAUGAACUACAUAUCGGCUGUGUAUGGUGUCGUGGCGGUGGUGAUUGCGGCCGACUGGUUCCUGCGAGGACGACGGUCAUUCCGUGGACAGACAGCACGACAUAGGGAGGUUGAAGAGCAGAUCAGACGGUAG